UACAUCAGUCAUCACAUGAAAAAGUUAUGUUGUUAAAACUUCUAAGUAAUAAUAAUAGAAUUUUAAUUGUGUCAAUUGUCUACCAAUCAGGUCAAUAAAAAUAGCUAACGAGUCUCUUCUACUGGCGGUUCUGUUGAGAAAGUUUGUUACCGUUGAAAAGUUUUAUCAUCGCACAAGUGAUAACGUUCCUAAGUUAUAGGUUGCAGCAAAUUGUUAAAACAAAGAGUUUUUAGGACGCGAUGGAAUUGCAGUAUAAAGUGCAGAAUUAUGAUUGGGGUAAACUGGGCACAGACAGUACAGUUGCAAAAUUUUUGUCGAGUGCUGACCCAAAUGCCACCAUAGAUUCAAAAAAACCCUAUGCUGAGUUAUGGAUGGGAACACAUCCUAAUGGACCUUCUGUGAUCUUGGAAAGAAAUGUGUUGGUGUCCGAGUACAUUAAAGAUAACCUGGAUGCUAUUGGGCCAGCAGUGAAGAGGAGGUUUGGAGUGGCGGUGCCCUUUCUCUUCAAAGUAUUGUCCAUCCGCAAAGCCUUGUCCGUGCAGGUUCACCCAAAUAAGGAACAAGCGGAGGAGCUCCACAGAAACUUCCCAGAUUUAUACAAGGACCCUAACCACAAGCCUGAACUGGCCAUAGCACUGACUCCAUUUGAGGCUCUCUGUGGAUUCCGGCCUUUAGAGGAGAUUCAAAUCAAUCUGAGAAAGCUACCGGAGCUGACAAGGAUAUUAUCAGAAGAAAGUGUGAGCACAUUCCUUGCUCACAAGGAGUCCGGGGAAAGCGGCGUUGCUCUGAAGCAAGUGUUCGGCUCUCUGAUGACGUGCGACAAGGCAGCUGUAGCUGGCAGUUUGCAGUGUUUGCUGGAUAGAUUAGAUAAGGAUGAAUCAUCUCGGUCAUCUCUCCUGUACCCGCUGCUUUGGCGCCUGCACGCCGAGUUCCCGGGUGAUGUUGGUUGUUAUGCGCCUUACUUCAUGAACUACUUGCAGCUGCGGCCCGGCCAGGCGAUAUUCCUGAACGCUAACUUGCCCCAUGCCUACAUUAGUGGAGAUUGCAUAGAAUGCAUGGCAUGCUCGGACAACGUGAUUCGCGCAGGCCUGACGCCUAAACUCAUCGACGUGCCGCGCCUGCUGGAGAUGCUAGACUACAGCUCCUACACGCCUGAGCACCUGCUCUUCAGUCCACAGCUGGAAGACGGCAACAGCUGCAUUUGGCGCCCGCCCGUGCCGGACUUUGCUGUCGUUAAGAUUCGGGUCGAAAGUGGCGUCAGCUACAACACUGCAAUCCGCGCCAGCCCGAGUUUACUUAUAGUUACCUCAGGCACCGGAUCCGCCUGCGAUACGGAGCCGGUACGAGCACGGCCCGGUGUCGUACUGUUCCUUAAAGCCAGCCGUCAACUCACGCUCACACCCGAUGAUGGGAGCCACCUGGAUGUAUACCAGGCGAUAUGCAAUGUUUAACAUCUGUUCCUUUAGACUUGAUGAAAAAGCGCGGUAUCCUAACUUCUAUACCUAUCACAUCUUGCGUCAAUGCUGUUAAUAAACGCCAGACACCGGGUCCGCCUGAUAAUCGGGACCACCUGGAAGUGUAAGAGGCUAUAUAAGUAACGUUUACAAAAUAUAGAUAAUGGAACCCUCUUUUUUUCGAACUGCGUAAAGAGGCUAUAUAUGGGUUGAAACAAUAAUUUUAAAAUAAAGUGUUUAAAAUCAAGCGAUAUUUUAGUCCUUUCGGCAUUUCUCAAAUUGAAUACGUUCACGGUCGUAAGCGUAUAAUAUAAGAUUUCAACUGUGUUUCAUAGGCAGAGAUCGGACAACUGGGCGUCAUUCUAACAACAUAAGGUUCAUUAUUCCGAAAAGAUACAAAUGACGCCCAGCUGUCCAAUAUCUGUAAUUAUAGGUUUACCUAUAUUUUGUUUAUGACAUUAGUGACAUUACCUAAUUAGUUAGGUAUUGCAUUGAUUUACAUGUUUAUGUUAAAGAUAUUAUUUUAGAUUCAAUUAUUAUUUUAGCUCAAUUUUAUUAGCCAUUGAUUUUACGAGCAACGAAAAUAGGUCACUAUGAUGAAGAAUUUGACUCAUGGCGGCUAAUUUUUUCACUCGUAUAUUUAUUUAUUUUUGUUGAGUAAAAAUAUUCUUAGAUAAAUAUUGUUGGCCUAUAUUAGUUGUUUGUUAGACUAAUGUAAAAUAAAUCAUCACAUAAAUAGUAUUUUAUUGUAGUUAUACAUGACUGUUAAAUAUUCGAAUAUUAAUUUUUAUCUCAAUAUAUUAGGUACACAAAAAAA